GACUCGAGAGAGCUCUCUUCGAUUAAAUUAGAAACAGGCUUCAUAUAUAAACACCGUUACUAGGGUUUCAGCUUCUCUGAACCAACAAAUAGCAGCGGCGCAUCAGUUGAACACCAUUCAAGCUCACGAUGGCAAGAAUUAAGGUUCACGAACUGAGAGACAAGUCGAAGAGUGAUCUUCAGAACCAGCUUCAGGAUCUUAAGGCUGAACUCGCUCUCCUCCGUGUCGCUAAAGUCACUGGUGGUGCUCCCAACAAGCUCUCUAAAAUCAAGGUUGUCCGAAAAUCGAUAGCUCAGGUGUUGACCGUGACAUCUCAGAAGCAGAAGUCUGCGCUUAGAGAAGCGUACAAGAACAAGAAGUUUAUCCCUCUUGACCUCCGUCCCAAGAAAACACGUGCUAUCCGCAGACGCCUUACCAAACAUCAGCUUUCUUUGAAGACAGAGCGUGAGAAGAAGAAAGAAAUGUAUUUCCCAAUCAGGAAGUACGCUAUCAAAGUUUAAAAUUAUAGCUACUAGAAACUCUGUUUCAGCUUUGUUUUUUGAUGGAAACUUGUUCUCCACUUGUGUUAUUGUGUCAAAACAGUUUCAGUAACAUGGAUUUUGGUUCUUAUUGAUAAUUAUUUGCAUUUUAUCUUUGCUAGUUUCUGUUCUUCACCAUGAAACUCCCAUAGCUAUCUGCUUGUUGUUCUGUCUAUUAUUCACUUGAAAUUCGAAGCUAAACAGAUCAACGUC